AUGGCAGAUCAACUUCAGAACCAGCCGCCGCAGACUUCCUUCCUCAAGCUGUCAUAUCCUGCCCCACGGGUCGUCAUGCUCACAAUGAACCGCGAGAAAGACCUCAACUGCACCAGCUCAGCAGCAGUCCUAGAAAUGACUGCAGUCUUUCGCUGGUUCGAUGCCGAGCCCAGCCUGACGGUGGCAAUCUUGACUGGCGCUGGCAAGCGUGCUUUUUCCACUGGUGCUGACCUCAAAGAGUGGAACGCAAAGGUCGCGAAAGCAGCUACUGAAGGCCGUGACACAGGCGGUGCUGGACCGGGCAACGUGCCAGGCGCCGAAGGUCUCAGUAACCGUAGAGGGAAGAAGCCGUUCAUCGCCGCAGUCAACGGGAUGGCGCUAGGCGGCGGAUGCGAGAAUGUGGUCAACUGCGAUAUCGUGCUUGCUAGCAGGACGGCUACGUUUGGGCUGGUAGAAGUCAAGCGCGGUCUUGCACCUUACAGUGGCGUACUCCCGCGACUCAUCAGAACGGUCGGGCUACAGCGGGCUUCGGAGUUUGCUUUGACUGGGAAGAUCAUUGAUGCCGAAAUGGCCGAGAAAUGGGGUCUGGUCAACAAGGUGGUCGAGCCGGAUCAGUUGAUUGCGGAGGCCGUUGAGUGGGCGAAGCAGAUUGCUGAAAUCAGUCCCGAUAGUAUCAUCUGCACGAGAGCGAUGCUGCGGGAGGGCUGGACGACAGCGGAUGUGGUGGAGGCGACGAACAUUAGCAACGGGCGAGAGUGGGCUGAACUGCAGAAGGGAGAGAAUAUGAAGGAGGGCUUGAAAGCGUUCAAUGAGAAGCGGUCGCCUCGGUGGGGAGGUCCACGCCUUUGA